UCUUAGGGGGAGGGACUGGUCCUUUCGUCUCCCAGCAGGGGGAAUUCCCUAAAGCUCAGGGGGACAAGAGGGUGACGACAUAGGGGGGAAGCCCCAGCGCUGGCUAGAGAAGGCUGAGAUCUCGGACGCAGCAGUCAGUCAGUUUGUGAGAUUUGGCGUCCUGGAAGGCAGAGCUUCGAACAGAUACUCUACUGCGUCUCUGCGCUCAGCCGUGGCCAGCUUUGCUCCCCAAGCCAUGCGCAUUCUCCAGCUUCUCAUCUUGAGCUGCACCUGGUGCUUGGUGCCGGCAGCUCAGGUGGUGGAGGUGUUAUGUUCAGAGGAUGCUCUUCUGACUUGUUCAGCCCCCUGGAACCCUCAGACCCCAUACGUGAUGAUCUUCUGGGAUAAGGUUAAUGAACAAAGUGGAGAGCUGACCAAGAUGUUGGGGAUGAACCUAAGCCUUAGUGAACAAUACCAUGAUCAGAAAGAAACAAAUGGCUCAUUACAGGCCUGUCCUUCGGAAGAAUGUUCCCUAAAGAUCAAGAAUACUACCUGCCAACAUGUGGGGACUUACAGAUGUACUUUGUGGGCACCAGGAGAAGAAAACAGCCCAAGUGCCACAGUAGAACUCAAAGUGACAGGUUGUACCAUAGAGCUGGAUGAUAAGUACAAGAAAUACCGAGCUGAAAUUCUCCUACUGUUAUUUCUUGCGAUGUUUUAUGUAUUUCUCAUCAUUUUUACCUGUAAAUUUGCAAAACUACAGAACAUAUUUCCAGAUAUCAACAAACAAGGCAUGGAACAAACUUUUCUCCAUGUCCACUUCCAAAAGAAGAAAAAUACUCAACAGAUGUGUCCAACAACAAUUCAGAAGAUAGACUUGGUCUGAGCUUUUCCCUCUGUGGGUUGUUUUUAGAACACCAAGAACUCACAAACUUUCAUUGUUCUUUGGUCAGCCAAAAGAACAAAGACACUCCGAUGAAGGGGCAGCACCACUAGGAUCACCAUUUUUGAGAUGACUGAAAAUAGGUCCAUAAUGCCCAUCUAGAACAUGCCUUAGAAUGGACUAAUCCAACGGUCAGAUGCAGAGCCUCUGAUUCAGCGCUCCGGCAAUAUGGAAGCACCAUCUCUCAGGAUGAUUCCUACUACUAACAUCUUAAAGCUUUUCAUCUAGCUAUGUACUCUGCCCAUUGGCCAAUCAUGUGAAAACUUCUCCUUUUGGAGAAGGUGAGUGCUGACCUAAGGAAUUUUUUUGGUCAUUGGCAGCUACCCUCGGGGAGAUAUUGCUGAAAAAUGCUUUCAAGAAAAAUGAAUGUAUGACACUUACUCCUGCAUGGGACUCAGAGACUUGAUUCCCUAAGUCAGAUAGUGACCUUCCUGUAUCUCAAAGAGACCUUUUGGAAGCUGUUUGGAUUUUGCUGCACCAGUACAGGUGUUUCUUGUAUCGAAGAAGACUGACAUGUUCUGCUACAAAGUGGUGGGAAAUAGCUACUAAAUAACUCUUUGACUUGAAGGUUUGACAAUUAUGUAUAUCAUGUAUACAUUAAAUAACAAGUCAAUGAACCAUUUCUCAGCAACGCCUUUUUUAUUAGGGAAAGGCAUUUGCAAGGAAACUGUGAAGAAAGAUGCCAUGUUGGAUGAAUACAUGCCUUAUAGGGAAUUCAAACAGAGGCACAGACACACUACCCCCUUGGUAGUUAAUGUAAGGAAAUUUUCAGACAGGAAUCACUAAUCUCCUAUGGAGCUUGUGCCAAUUAUUGUGUCUCAUACCCAAACUUGGCUCUCUUCUGUACUGUUUUACCUGAGGUCAUAAAGAAAUUCUUUAGAGCUAAAAGUACUAUCUAUGCUAAUGUACAAGUGUGAUAAGGAUGCCAAAUUCAGCUCUUUGACUUCCUAGUUCCCUAAUGCAACAAUUUGUAUUAAAUGUAAAGAGCUCAGUGUCUGAAGAUUUUCCUGAAGAGACUGGGGAAACGGGGAGAAAGAAAGAGGGUUAUAUGCAGAGGAGAAAGAGAGAGGGAGACGAGAGAGAGAGAUAGAGACACAGUCAGACAGAAUUGGAAAAUGGUUUAGUGCCAUAUAUGUUGCUUAAUACAUUCAUGCUAUCUCUGAAUCUGUAUUUCCCCUUGCCUUCCCCUCCCUGGUUUCUUUGUAUUCCUUAGCAUAGUGCCUGGAACUUAGUAAAUUUUUUAAUAAAGUUAUUUUAGUUGAAUGGAAUAAA